AUGAUUAAUUAGGAAACUUUAAUUACUUUUAGUUAUUUGCUUCCUGCCUCUAUUAGUGUCCUUUAUAUUCUAACCAUGGGAGCUCGCUUUUAUGAUCUUCGUUCCAAUUUAUAAGCUGAACCUCUUCCAUACAAUUAUUCAAUUAUACUUAGAAUUUCACUAUUGACUUUAGAUAUUAGUAAUAAUCCUUUUAUACUAAGAGCUGCUGAAUUCAUUGAAAUUUUAUUAGUCAUUUUCUAUUCAGAUACAAAAAAGGAUUAUAUCUCUGGAGUCUUAUUUGUAAACAUGUCAGCUAUCAUUAUACAAAUCUUUUUGAUGGUAUUUUAUUAUUAUGAUUGAUUUAGUGUUACGAAUAUAAAAAAAGAGUCCCUUUGUUUUUUGCCCAUAAAAUCUAUUGGAUCUUUAAUUGGCUACUCUUAUUGAUCUCAUUAGCUUUGCUCAUUGAUUAUGUAAAAUACCUAAACCUUAUCUAGAAAGGACAUGUUUAUGAGUACACUUUAUCAUUCUUCAGAUUAAUUGUUUAUACCUUACUCUUAGUUUUUACACUCUUUAUUAGAAAAUAGGAUUUGAGAGAAUUUGAAAAUGUAGGAUUUUGGAGAAACGAAUUUCCUGAGAUCGAUCUAUAAGAUUCACAAAAAAGACCAAGGCUUUCUACAUUGAAUGGUAUUCAUUAUCUGAUAUUAUUAGCUAACUCUGGCUCAUUAUUUUUGUAGAUUGAUGUUAAGAAGAGAUGGAAUAUUGUCAAUGAUGAUGUUCAGAUUAAAUUUGAAAUGUAAAAAAUUAUUCCAUAUUUUUUUAAAGUUAAAUUAUUGGCUUAGAUAAGUAAUUUAAACUAAAAAAAUCUGUCUCUGAAAUUUUUUAAUGGCAUUAAUAUUAUAUCAUUGAAAAUGCUGAUUAUUUUGAAUAAAAUCCUAAUGAAUUACUAUCUCUUAAUUUUUAUGUUAAAUAGAUACAAGAUAGUUAAGAUUUACAAUUAAUCAAUAGUAUCCAAAGAUACUUUAAUGCAAUUAUUAGUAAAUUAGAUUUAAUUACUAACUCUUUUAUGGAUUUUAUUGAAUUAUCAUAAUAAGAAUAAGCCUUAAUUGAAGAAAUUAAGUAAAAAAAUAAUAUUUAAAAUUAUAAUAAAUCGUCAAACUUCAUCAAAAAGGCUCAUAUAGUUAAGAAAGUAAAAUGGGAUGUAUAAUCUGAUUAUUUACCAUAUAUGUAAGUUCACAUUUCUGAACAUAAAACUAUAAAAAAUAUAAAUGAGACAUUUAUUCAAUAUACAAUUUUAGUUUAUUUUGAAAAUGAACAAUUUUGUGUUUAGAAACGUUUUAAGGAAUUUUUUGAAUUUAGUGAAUAGAUGAAGAGUUUAUUAGAAACAAAAAAUUUUCCACCAUUCCCCCUAAGAACAAUUAUCAAAUUAACUAAUGAAGAAAUAGAGGAGAGAAAAUUAGAUUUGGAAAUAUUUAUGAAAAUUCUUCUUAAUGAUAGACAAUAUCAUAUACCAUAAUUAUUUAGAUUUAUUGGAAUGUAAUAAUCAAAAGAAGAUUAAGUUAUAAAUAUGUAGCAAUAAAUUAUAAGAGAAAGUGAAUAAAUAACAAAUUUAUAGAUAAAAAAUCUUGGUUUUGAAGAAUUUUAUGGUCAGAAUGGAGAAAAGUUUCUAAGAUAUUCCUUUUAAAUAAGUUUAGGACCCUAAAAAUAUAUAAUAUGGAAAAGAUUCAGUUAAUUUGAUGAAUUACAUAAUUUGUUAAAAUAGAGGUAUAUUUAAUAUAGAUAUUAGAUAUUAAUAAUUGCCUUAAUUGCCAUAUAAAACAACUGCUUCUUUAUAAUAAAUUAGUCCAAACUUAAGAAGUUUAAACUUAUAACAAUAUUUAUAAGAUUUAAUAAAAGUUCCAACAAUAGGUGAAAAUAUUCAUGUAAGAUAAUUUUUAGAGAUGAGAAAUUAUCAAGAGAACUUUUAAACAUAAAGCUUUGAAGAAUCAUUGCCAUAAUUAGAGAAUAUUUUGUAAAAAUUAGAUAAUAAUAAUAAAGAUAUAGACUAAUUAGAUAGUAUGAGAAGCAGAUUAUGGCAAUGAUAAUUUAUAUAAUAAUAAAAACAUAUCUUAAAUUUUAAGAUUUAAUCGUAUUCCAAAAUACUUUCUCUCUCUACAUGAAUAUUAAACAGCUGAAAUUUUUAAAUCUUUUCAACUACCAAUACCUCCAGGCAAGGUCUGCAAAAGUGCAGAUGAAGCAUAUAAGGCAGCAGCUAGAAUAAUUUAAGAAGGAACUGAAAAGAAUUCAUUUACAGAUGUAGUAGUAAAAGCAUAGGUAUAUACAGGAGGAAGAGGAAAAGGAUAUUUUAAGAGAAUGGAUUUAAUAGUGUAUAUAAAAUAAUUUAUUUAGGGAAUUCAUAUAGCAUCUACUCCUGAAGAUGUGAGAGAAUAUGCAUAAAAAAAGUUAGGAAAUACAUUGAUAACUAAGCAAACAGGAAGUAUGGGAAAAAAAUGUGAGAUGGUUUAUGUUGUUGAACGUAAUUUUCUUAGAAAAGAGCUAUAUUUUCAAUACUACUAGAUAGAAAUACAGGUGGUUUAAGUAUAGUAGCUUCAGAAAAAGGAGGUAUUCACAUUG